AUGGCAUCCUUCAUCCAAAAAGGUACCAAAAACAUCCUGACCAAACAACCCACCGACAUCGUCUUCCUCUCCGCCCUCCGAACCCCCAUAACCCGCGCCAAAAAAGGCGGUCUCGCACAAUCCCACGACCACGAACUCCUCGCCACAGUCCUCUCCGCAACCCUCAAAGCCAACCCCAACCUCGACCCAGCCCUCAUUCAAGAUGUCCAAAUCGGCACCACCCUCUCCGAAAUCGGAGGCUGUAAAGCAGGACGCAUGGCAUCUCUACACGUCGGAUUCCCGGAGACGAGUACUUUUCAAACCGUAAAUCGCGCGUGUAGUAGUGGUUUGGCGGCCAUUACAGGCGUGGCGAAUAGUAUUGCUGUGGGACAGAUUGAUAUUGGGGUGGCGGGGGGAAUGGAGAGUAUGACGAGGAAUUACGGUUCGAGAGCUAUCCCCACGGCGCUUUGGGAGGAAUUGAGGGAGAGUCGAGUUAAAGAUGCGAGGGAUUGUAUCAUGUCCAUGGGAAUCACGGCGGAGAAUGUCGCGGAGAGGUAUGGUGUUAGUCGAGCGGAGCAGGAUGCUUUUGCCGUCGCUUCGCAUGUGAAAGCGGCCAAGGCGCAGCGGGAAGGCUUGUUUGAUCGGGAGAUUGUGCCUGUGACGACGAAGAAGGUGUCGGAUCCGGAACAUCCGGAGGUGCUGGAGAGUAUUACUGUUACCAAGGAUGAUGGCAUUCGACCGCAGAGUACGGAGGAGGCGUUGGCGAAGAUGAAGCCUGCUUUCAAACCCGAUGGCUCUGCGACUGCGGGGAAUAGUAGUCAGGUUUCGGACGGUGCGGCUGCGACAUUGAUGAUGCGGCGAAGCACCGCUACUGCUCUGGGGUUGGAGAAGUCGAUUAUUGGAAAGUGGGCGGGCACUCAGAUUGUAGGCUGCAGACCGGAUGAGAUGGGCAUUGGCCCUGCGAUUGCCAUUCCGAGAUUAUUGGAAUACACGGAUGUUGGGAAAGAGGAGAUUGGAAUUUGGGAAAUCAACGAGGCCUUUGCUUCUCAGGCUGUAUUCUGUGUGCGAAGCUUGGGGAUUGAUGAUGCAAAGGUCAAUCCCAAGGGUGGUGCGAUUGCGCUGGGCCAUCCACUCGGUGCCACGGGUGCUAGGCAAUUGGCGACUCUUUUGCCKGAAAUGGAGAGGCAGGGGCAGGAGCUUGGUGUGAUCAGCAUGUGUAUCGGUACGGGUAUGGGCAUGGCAUCUUUGAUUGUAAGAGAGUAG